AUUAUUUUUGUUUACUUCCGGUUUCAUAACACGUGUUUUCGCAAACAGAAAAAUCUCUGCGAUGGAUCGAAGUAAUACUCACAAGAAGAAAACUAAACAUCGGAAUACACAAGAAAAUGAUUCGUUGAAUUAUUACAAAAGAAUUGAAGACAUACUGCGAUCAAGCGGUGACAAAGAUGGGAACUUGUUGAAUGAGGAUUUUCUAGACAAUGUUUUCUCCCAGUUGGCGGAAGAAGCUAAAGAUGUCUGCCAGAGUCCGGAAAUCAGUCCGAUAAUUGAAAAACUUGUAACAAAGGGCUCUGCAACACAUAUACAAUCCCUUGCCAACGUGUUCUCUAAAGACUGGUCCAAUAUUUGCCGACACAAGUGCUCUAGUCAUGUACUACAGAAACUUUUGAUGGUUAUACCGAAGUUUAUACAGGAAAAAGUGAUGAGUUUUGACUUUGAAAGUGACAUAACAGAAGGAGGAGCAGAAUCAGUGGAGGAUAGUUUAAUAAGAACAGUUCUACAGCUGGUAGAUUUUAUGAUUGAAAAUAUCGAGGAUUGUGUUAAUGAUGUAUAUCUAUCACACAUAUUCAGGACCAUUUUGCAGGUGAUAGGGGGAACUUGUGUUGGCGAAAAGGUGCUUAAAAGUCGCACAUCAAGGAAUUAUGGGAAGAAAUUCCGGGCUGAUGACCAAGAAGAUGAUGAGUUUGCAAAGCCAAUUACAUUUCCAAACUAUGAGGUACCUGUUAAUUUCCGUAAUUAUCUGAAAAGGUUUUACAAACAGAUCUUUGCAUUGGAAAAUUUUGGAGUAUACCUAACAAAUGCUAAUGGUAGUCCUGUGAUACAGACUUUACUGCUUGUACUUCAUAAAGUUGACCUUGACCUUUGUCAAAGGGUCAUACAUAAGGUCAUCAAAGCAACAAGAAUAGAGGAUACUGCUGAAAGUGUAAACAUACCUCCUGUAGCAUGUGAUAUGAUUGGCUCAUUUCUUGUUGAGUUAAUUGUCUCCCUUAGUUCAGAAAAAGUUUACAAAGAACUUUUCAAGAAGCUCUUCAAAGGGAAGUUACUCCAGUUUGCAACACACCCAUGUGCUAACUUUGUGCUGCAGAAAAUGGUCAAACACUGCCUGGAUAGAGAAAUGUUUCAAACUAUAUUGGAAGAGUUAACAGACAGUAUGGUGGAGGUUUUGAGAGCACAGUAUAAUGGUGUAGUGGUGGCUCUAGCAGCUACAUGUGAGAACUUGCAGUGUGGCCAGCAACAGUUUCUACAGAUGAUACUGAAAUGUUUUCAAUGUGAAGAAAAUGAAAGACAGGUGAAAUUAGUUCAAGUCAUUGCAACAUUAACAACUUAUGACGAUUUCAUGAAGAGCAGUGAGCCAGUAUUGAAGAAAGUGAAUUACCAUGGUUCCCAGUUACUACAACACAUGCUCCGAUUUUCUGAUACACAUCUUUUAGCAACCAGUCUUGUGAAUCUGGAACCAGAGGAGUUACUGACCUUGUCAUGUGAUCCAUGUGGAAGUCAUGUGCUGGAUGCUGGAUUUAAAAGUACUUCAGUUGAUCAGAAAACUAAAGAAGCUUUACUCAAUAAACUAAAGGAUCAUUAUGUAUCUUUGGCCUGUGACAAGAAUGGUAGCCGUGCCCUGGAAUCUAUUUGGAGAAAUACUUCUAUGAAACAGAAAGAAAUGAUUGCCACAUGCCUGUGUGUACAAGAAGACAGAAUACGUUCAGAUAGAAUAGGUUUCCAUAUACACCGGAACUUUGCUCUAUUUCAUUUCACAAAGAGACGCAAGGACUGGCAAUCUAUUCAACAAAACGAUCAAAGGAAACGUAAAAUGUUCCAAGAUGUUCUUCAUACAGAUGAAUCUUCGAAAAAGAAGAAAAAGGGCAUGUACCAGAAACGAAAGACUUGAAGAAGCGUGAUGUCUUAGUCAUAGAAUGUGGUCAUUUAUGAGUUAUUAUGUAUAACGUUUUAAAAAUACAAUUUUAAUAA